AAGAAGGCGUGGAACAGGUUUAAAGAGAGGAAACUAUGUCAACUCAUGUUCAGACCUGACGCGGCUGCUUUUCCUCUACAGCGAAAAGUCCUCACAGUGUGGCCCAGAUGGCGUACUCCACCGGAACUAUCGCAAAGGGCUGUUUUGGGAAGGUGUACAAGGAGAAAUACAAUGAUACCUGGGCUGCUAUAAAGAGGGUCCCCCAACAGCUCAUCAGUAGGAAAGACCUGGAGAGAGAGUGUAAAGUGUAUAACAAAGCAAAUCAUCCCAACAUAGUGAAGCUUCUGGGCAACAUAAGUCUGGAAGACGGAAAAUGGGUUAUUCCUCUAGAGUUUAUCUUCGGAGAGGACUUGGAGACGACCAUCUUCAAAGCAUCAAAGUCUAAAAUAACGUUAUCUCCGUCUGUUAAAGGCACUAUCAUUGUCGGCAUGUGCGAAGGGUUGGCGUUCCUCCACUCCAGAGAUAUCGUCCAUCAAGACCUCAAGCCUGAAAACAUCAUGGUGGAGCAUGACACCAACAGAGCUGUCAUCAUCGACCUGGGACUGGCUAAGUUCUUCCGUUUUGGUCUCAACUCUGCCAUAGACAUGGGGAACGAGGCCUACUCAGCCCCUGAGGUGCUGCAGAGAGGCAGUCAGAGAGACCAGCGUUCAGACGUGUGGGCCAUGGGUAAGAUGAUUGCUGAGCUUUGUGCCCGGAUUCGGCUGUACACACCCAGCGUCUGUCCUGCCAAGAUUAAGGAGAUCCUUAAGGAUCAGCCAUACUGCCAUGCCGUGUGUAGAAUGGUGGACGCCGAUCCUUCUCUGAGGGCAUCCAUGGGUGGGGUCAUGAAUGAGAUACGAAAAGCCGCAGGUGCAGGUGUCGCCAACAAUGCUCCUGUUCAGAAAGACCACCUUAAGCUACCUUCACCUCACACAAAUGCCAGAAACCGGUCUCCGUCACCUGUGAACAGAGGUGCAUCUCCAGCUAAUAGAGAUCCAUCGCCAAUGAACAGGGCUCCAUCACCGUUUAACAGGGAUGCAUCGCCAAUGAACAGGGCUCCAUCACCGUUUAACAGGGAUGCAUCGCCAAAGAACAGGGCUCCAUCACCGUUUAACAGGGAUGCAUCGCCAAUGAACAGGGCUCCAUCACCAUUUAACAGAGAUCCAUCACCACACAAUGUGUCUCCAUCACCGCUGAAAUGGGAGCGUACACCCAGACCAGAAUUCAAAGCUGUGCGAGCACAAGCUGCAGCACACAUCUCCCCUCAGAGGCUAGAGGACAAGAAAAAAAACCAGGCUCUGGUCCCAUCAGGUGGAUCUGGCAUCACACAAGACCUCAUGAAAAUGAAGUUGUACCAAGAGGCUGCCAAGGAUCUGCCCUGCACCCUGCCCACAACGGGGAGGGUGGUUGUGCGGCGCUUUCAGGAGAAAGAUGGGGAGGUUGAGACAUGGGAGCAGAAGGAGGUGGUGACUCGUGGUGGGAAGAUAGUCAAAUUUGAUGAUAUCAAGUUUAAUAGCAAGUAAGAUUAAGAGUGUAAGAACUUUGUCACCUCAAAAAGGAUUGCAUGUGCUGGUUGAAUGGUUGGUGCUGGGUCACCUAACUUUUGGUAUCUUCUUAGGAGAGCAUGUAAAACACACUUCCAUUGAGUAAAAAGUAAAAUGAGAUUGAAGGGAUACUUUGCGGAUUUUCAACCAGCUUUGUAUCAUAAUAGGAUGGGUAAUAUGUGUAAAUGAACUGUGAUAAAUUUCCCUCAGUCUUACCAGCGGCCAGAUCUCCCUGCUCAUCCCUCAGCUCAAAUCCACUGGAUGAUACUUUUCAUGCAUCCAGCAGAUUUUUGCUGGCUCUAGGGCUGUUGCUCAAACUACAAACUGUAGCCUACACAUUUUUGUCAAAGGCUGGGACACAGCCUGACAGGACCUUUUGGGUACUCUCUAAUGAUGGGCAGCCGAUGUACAAUAAAUCAUUUUACACAACUCACCACCACAGGGCUGUAGGCUACAUAGGAAUCUUAAAAUGUCGUCUUGUUGUGUUAUUGGGAGCCAGAAAUUGGGGAGGUAUUAAAAGGACUGUUGGAAUUCUCUGUAACGCUAACUUCUUAGUGCAUUAGCUAACAUUAGCUUUCAAUAGCAAAACAAACCGGAGGAAACUGUUCAAGUGUUGUCCUCCUUUGUAAGACUGGCAUAGUAAUCGACCACAAAGCCGGCCCACCUUCAGCAAUCCUAUCAAAUCAUCCAUCCACUGAGUGAGAGCGUACGGGUCGGCCAGCCUGGUCCCCAUGGUGCGUUCAUAAAUUAAAUCUGAUACUCUACACUUAAAUGAGAGCCCUGUUGGUCGAAGAAAUGGAGCAUUAUAUUUCUAUAUGAGUUAACAAACAGUUACACACACAUUCACUCUGCUCAGCGCUCUUCUGCUCCGUCUCUGCAGACAGAGUGCCUAGCGUGCGGCGCUCUGGAUAACCGAAUGGUACAUUCAGACAGCGCUUCAAAUUAUGCAAGGCCAGUGUGCGCUCUGGCAAUCAGAGUCAGUAGCCUAUUUCUUAAUGCACCACUUGCAUCAUCUUCCUCCAUUGUCUAACACAAGCCAACAGAAGUUGCUAGCUAGUGCUGGCUAAUGUCUGUGGAGAAUUGUUUUGCCUCCAGCUAAGCCCCGCCCACCAAAAAACAUGAUCCCCCCCCCCCCCCCCCCCCCAGGUGUGAUAAGUGAUUGGUUCCAUAGCCUAUGUCUAUUAUGAGGAGCCCGAACCCGGCUCGGGCAGAGAAUCUAAGCUCUACUUCAGAAACAUAUUUUAGUGCACUGUUUGACUGUUAUGCAAAAAUUUGUGAACAAGAAGUGGGCACCAUACUGUUUCCUGUAUUGCAAAAAUGGAGGCUGAAAAUUCUGACAUGAAAUGGUAAAACUAAGCAGCACAGAUCAGAUAUGAACCAAGAUUCUGUUACUGCGUUGCCCAUUUCUUCCUUUAAAUGUUUUCAGAAAUAUAUCUUUGCGUACCGUUUCACUGUAAUUUGAGACCCUUUUUUUUUUUUACCAGCCAGCUGCCUUAUUGUUUUCUGUGGAAAAACGGCCAGGCUCACGUUAUGUCACUUACCAGCAGGAGCAUUAAUUGGUCUGGCGUGGUGCAGUGCAUUCUGGUAGUUGUAGGUUUUCUACUUCUUGAGCAAAAACAAAUGCCACAGCCCUCUUCCUCUGUUUCCUCUGGUCAUGUAGCACCAAGUUUUAGAAGUAUUUGCAUCUUUCUACUGCACAGACAGCCAAGUUUUGUAAAAAGUAUUUCUAGCAGUUCUUCAAGCUACAACAGGUGUCUGUUUUUCUCACACACAAAAAAAGGAUUUGAAACCAGUUACAAACUUGGAAACACAGUAAGGCAGUUUAAAGCAGUAAUAAGAGGACAUUGUGUACUGGCUUUGGAUGUGCUGUAACAUGCUAGUCAUCCGUGUCAUUUACUUGCCAAGAAAGAAAUAUCUGCAGGCAUGAACAAUUAUCUGUGAAUGUUUUUUUUUAGCAUCUGAAUGCGUAAGACUGUGAACAUGGCUCAUACAUUAUGUGUAUGUUUCUGUAUAUAAAUAAAUUCUGAAAUCUCACUUGCA